CUGCCUCUGCCGUGGUCCCCAUCCCUGGCACCUUCUCUUGGCCGCUGGCUGCCCGUGGCAAGCCCCGCCGGGGGAUGCUGCGUCGUGCUGUCUUCUCCGACGUGCAGCGCAAAGCGCUGGAGAAGAUGUUCCAGAAGCAGAAGUACAUCAGCAAGCCCGACAGGAAGAAGCUAGCAGCCAAGCUGGGCCUCAAGGACUCACAGGUGAAGAUCUGGUUCCAGAACAGGAGGAUGAAGUGGAGGAACUCCAAAGAAAGAGAGCUCCUCUCUUCUGGUGGCUGCAGAGAACAGACUUUACCCACAAAGUUCAACCCUCACCCAGACCUCAGUGAUGUAGGCAAGAAGUGUUCCGGAGAGGAGGAAGAGGAGGAAGUUCCCCCCGUGUGCCCACCCAGCCCCCGGCAUCCCUUAACCUACCACCAGUCCCCAGAACAUCUACACUUGAGGGACAGACUGGACUCCCAGAUGUCUCCUUCUCCAUCCCAUUCGAGCAGCCCCAGCAAACCUUCAGAUUUCUCAGACUCAGAGGAAGAAGAUGAUGAUGGGGAAGAGGAAGAGGAGGAGAUAACAGUCUCUUAG